AUGCCCAAAAAAGCCACUUAUAUUUUCCGUUGGCCUAAUGGACCUAAAUCAGUCAAGUUAUCAGGAUCAUUUAAUAAUUGGAGUACUCAAAUACCUAUGGAGAAAUCGAUAUCGAAUAAUGAUUUCAAAUUGAAAGUUAUCUUUGAUUUGAGCGAAUUAGAUACAAAUGAUGAAGAAAAUCGGAUUCGAUUCAAAUUUAUCGUAGAUGAUCAUUGGUCUAUAAACAAUUAUUACAAGACUUGUGUGGAAAGGGAUUCAGGGAUUGAAAACAAUUAUAUUAAUAUAGAUGAAUUACAAGUAGAUUUUGAUGAAUUUGAUAAAGAGAUUCCAGUGCAAACAGAAAUAGAAACAGAAACGCAAACGCAAACCCAAGAGAUUAAACAACCUACUGAUAAAGAUUCUAAUAAAGAUAUGGAUAAAUUAGAAGGCACAACUGCAGUGGAUAAUGAAGAAUCUACGGAGCAACCUGUUCAACAAAGUAAGAAAGUUAAAAUUAGAAGAAAGAUUAGAACUAAUAAAUUAACUGGGGAAAGAAUUGUUAUGUCUGAAGACAUUAUUGACAUUGAUAAUUCACAAACAGCCCUUCCAGAUGGUAGUUCCAAUGGAUAUCAAGAAUUAAUAGAUGAGGAUGAAUUUUUUGAUGCUAAUAAAGUGGUUACUAAUGAUAUGCUAUCCGUACCGGAUGUUGCUUCUGCUAAUGAUGAAUUAAGACAAAUCGAUACUAUACAAUUGAAAACUGGCACCACUCCAACCACUGCUGCUACAGAUAUACCUCUUGAUGUCAAUAAUGUACGAGAACAAGGGAUCCAACCAGUGAGAUCCAAGAAAAUUUCUAAAGAUAAGGCUGGUUAUAGGAAAAGCUUAGUGGAAGAUGAUAAGAAACAGAAACAAGAUGACUUUGUAAAGAGUGAAAGUAAUGAUUCUGAUCAACCAAAAUCAAUCUUAUCUUCACUUUUGAAGAAAACAGAUUCCUCUUCGAAAUCAAAGUCAAACGAAAAGAAGACGAAAGGAAAGAAAGAUGAUGGUGAGAAGAAGAAUAAGCCAAAGGAUAAAGAUUCUUCAAAGGGCUUAUCCAAAUCUUCAUCCAAGGAAAAUUCACCCACUAAAUCUGGUAAAGAAAAAUCAAAAAGAUCUUCAAAAGAUUCCUCUGACCAAAAAUUCAUAGCUUAUAAUACAACUCCACCAGAGAAGGAAAAAAAGAAAUCCAAAAAGGAUACCAGCAAAAAUACAUCAAAAAGUACCUCUAAAAAUACGAUUAAGAGUUCAUCCAAAAGUGGAUCAAAAAAUGCAUCUCCAAAGGGAGGUUCUUCCAAUAAUGAAAUUAACAACAAAUAUUUAAAUGAUGAUGAUUGUGAACAUUUUCGUGAAAGUAUUUGGAUUAAAAUAAAAAAAAGACUCCCAUGA